UGUGCGCCCACGGUGUCCAAAAAGACAACUUAUCACAACAUGGGACACGAUCGGGUGUAUUUCUAAACUGAACGCAAGUGUUUGAGCUCUCUUCACCAUUUUAAUUGACGGUUCGAGUUACAAUGAAACUUUUGCCGCCGACGAUAAAACGCGUUCAACUCAGCAGAGGAGAAAAGCGAGUGCUAUGAAGGAGCCCAGCUGGCGAAGGUAAAGACGGAAAAGUUUAUUAGAAAAUCGCGAUUUGGUCGUUUAUUAGAAGCACGAAGGCAUAUUCAUUCUGUGACAACAAACCAAAGUUUGCUUUGAAACGAGAAAAGUGUGAAUAAUGGCUGAAGAGGGAUCUGGUGGCUUGGCGCAGUCUGCCGCGGUUAAACUCUCAGAGAUGGGAGAAAAAACUAAACAACUAAGCACUGCUAUUCAAGAUCCUGAACGACAGCGGAGGAUUAUUUUAGUCAUCGUCUGUGUGGCACUUUUGUUAGAUAAUAUGCUUUACAUGGUGAUCGUACCAAUUGUUCCAGAUUAUUUAGCCAGCCUAGAAAGUGAAUCAACCAACUCCUCCAACAGUACAGAAAACUUCGACUUGCAGAUUGGUGUCCUAUUUGCAUCCAAAGCCAUAUUGCAACUUCUCGUAAAUCCUUUGACUGGCACUUUCAUAGACCGCGUUGGAUACGACAUACCACUUUUUAUUGGACUUUCCAUCAUGUUUGUUUCCACGUGCAUUUUUGCAUUCGCUGAAAACUACGCGACUCUUUUCGUGGCGCGGAGUGUGCAGGGUAUCGGCUCGGCUUUUGCAGACACGUCAGGUAUCGCUAUGAUAGCAGACAAAUACACGGAGGAGGCGGAGAGGAGUCGGGCCCUGGGCAUCGCAUUGGCAUUUAUCUCGUUUGGCAGCCUGGCGGCGCCGCCCUUCGGCGGGGUGCUUUACGAGUUCGCAGGGAAGCGCGUCCCCUUUCUUGCCCUCGCCUUUGUCUGUCUAGUCGAUGGUAUUUUGUGCAUGACUGUCCUUAAACCAUUCUCCAGUAGAACCAGGGAAAACAUGCCAGUUGGCACACCAAUUUACAAACUUAUGAUUGAUCCAUAUAUAGCAGUGGUGGCAGGGGCACUGACCACGUGUAACAUCCCCCUUGCGUUUUUGGAGCCCACCAUCGCGAAUUGGAUGGAGGAGACAAUGGACGCGUCCGAGUGGCAGAUCGGUCUUACCUGGUUACCAGCUUUUUUCCCACAUGUUUUAGGUGUCUACGUUACCGUAAAACUGGCAGCCCGGCACCCACACUUACAGUGGUUUUAUGGCGCUCUUGGCAUGGUUAUAAUAGGUGCAAGCUCCUGUACUGUGCCAGCUUGCAAAAACUUUGAGCAACUUAUAAUCCCCUUGUGCGGCAUAUGCUUUGGCAUUGCGCUGGUAGAUACGGCGCUGUUGCCCACACUUGCGUUUCUGGUUGAUGUGCGCCAUGUCUCUGUGUACGGCAGUGUGUACGCCAUUGCCGACAUCUCCUACUGUGUCGCAUAUGCUCUGGGUCCAGUUGUGGCUGGUAAGAUAGUGCACGACCUCGGUUUUGUGCAGCUCAACUUGGGCAUGGGACUCGCCAACGUGCUUUACGCACCAGCGCUGCUCCUGCUGCGCAACGUAUGCCUCAUGAAGCCGUCUCAUUCCGAGAGAAAUAUGCUGCUGGAGGAAGGAGCAACAGGACUCUACGACACCAUCCGAUUAGAAGAGUGCCAAGCCAAGAAAAAGAAGCAGUGCUACAGCACAACAGACAACGGCGUAUUUGCUGGAAACUCUCAAGAUGAAGCAUAUGAACCCGAAUUUGCAUAAAAAGAACAAUACUAAUAAGUACUGUUCAAUUUCAAGGACACACAUUAAUAUACACAAUUUAACCCCAAAAUAGUCUUUACCUCUGUCUGGAAAACCAGCCUUCGAUGUGUAGUCUAGUCAUAGACUUGUAUAGGAAUUAUCUUACUCUGGUGCAAAAUGUGCAACAUAAAAUAUGACUAUAUGCCGAAUAUGCUGUGUAACUCUAAGUCAUCCUUUUUUCAUGGUUGAUCAAGAAUUAAUUGCAUUUCACCUUCUUUUUAAGAAUCAGACUACUGAUUAUCAGCAUAUUUGUAAUCAUUUGCUUCUACUUAUUUUUCAAAGUAUCAUAGUGUGUUAUUUUCCCUUUGCUCAAAAGCAUCAAUCAGUAUUAUAUCACUGUUUUACAAUGCGUUCAGGGAUAUAAAUAAACGCACACGUUACAAAUGUGCGUCAUUAUUCAAAAGAUUCUUAAGAUAUUGUUGAUUUGCCAGGUCUGUGCUGCUAUAACUAAUAUGAAAUGUCACUUGACAGAUUAAAUGAUGGAUCUAAUGUGUAGCCUAUCCUUCGUCUCCACUGUCUGUAUGUAGUCUUUUAACAUUGUGAGGGUGUAUUUCUGGAAUGCGUCAAUGUAUAUUAUAAAUCACACCAU